AUUUGCAGCCGGGUGUAUCUCAUUGACGGCAACAUUGUUCGAAAGUUUCCUGAGGGUCGACAUACCCGGAGAACCCUACAAUCGCUAUAAGUAAUGAGAAAGUCGUGUACAAGUAAAUAGGCAAUCACCCUUGCAUUACGCGAUGGAUCCCCAGCGAUGGUCACGAUUACAUCGACCUCGAGUACUACCCGAGGCAAUAUCAUCAUGUUCCACCUGCUUUGAAGGCACAAUGGGGCUCGCAGAUCAUCGAGGCCGUCAUUGUGAUCCACGCCAAGGACAUUAUUCAUUUAGAUCUCAAUCUCAAACAAAUUAUGCUCGACGGAAAUUUCGAUGCUCUACUUUCCGACUUCAAUGCGUCGAAAGACAACCAGCACUUAAUUACGAGAAGGCAACCCAUUUCCUUCCAAGGGAUCUAAACGAUCCAAACACAGUUCGAUUCAAUUUAUUUGCACCCGGUUCAACACUCUACGAACUCGCCUAUUGUAACGCGCCAUACGGCGAACUAUACCCUCAGCAGCCUACAUCUCUUGAUCCAGACACCUACAAUUCUUACUAGAAGCUCCAAGAACAGGCAGAUCAAAAAGGGCAACAGGUUUUUCGGCGAGGAGAGAUUUCCAGAUGUGUCAGGUCGUUCCUGUGGCGCGACCACGGGGGGUUGCUGGGAGGCGAGAUUUAUAUCGGCUGAGGAAAUCCUUUCAUCAUACGAG